AUGGAGAACGGGGUGAACCGUGUGCGAUUUGGGCUCGAAGAACGAUUGGGGAGCGUGGUGCGUGUGCAUGAAGGGCUGUCGUUGCGUGGCCUAUACUAUUGUAGGGCCCAAGCCUUUCACCUUUGUAAGUCUCAAGGCAAUUACAUCAACGGUAGUGCAUACGAAACCAAUCUCAACCUCCUCCUCCACUAUUUAAAUACCAAAACUUCCUCCAACGGCUACUACAACGCCUCCUUUGGCGUAGAUCCCGAUCAGGUCUAUGGCCUCGCCCAAUGCCGGGGUGAUGUUUCCUCUCAUUCCUGCCAAGAAUGCAUAAAAAAUUCCAAGGGUGAGAUCACCCGCCUCUGUCCCAGCAAGAAGGAUGCAUUCAUACAAUAUGAUGAGUGCCUUCUACGUUAUUCACAGCGACGCUUCUUUUCCGAACCUGAUAUUGAUCCCAAGUUUUCACUUCCAAAUCCGAAUCAUUCACGGGAUCCAGAUCUUUUUGAUCAACGGGUAAGAGAGUUGAUGAACAAUCUGUCCUCUAUAGAGCUGUCUCCAUCCAUGUUUGUGGCCGGGUCAGUGAGUUCUCCUGACUUUCAGAUAUACGGAUCAGUUGAGUGUGUUCGAGAUAUAUCAACAAAGGAUUGCCAUUCAUGUCUGCAAUCGAUGAUCAACGGUCUUCCGAAAUGUUGUCAUGGAAAUUUAGGAGGGCAGGUUCUGUCGAUGAGUUGUCAUAUAAGAUAUGAGGUAUAUCCCUUCAUUCAAGCACCGUCCACUCCGCCACCUGUUGCAACUCCUGAACUUCUUGCUCCACCGCCACGGACGCAUCGACCUCCUGUUGCAGCUGCUCCAGUUCUUGAUCCACCGUUGCUGCCCCCAUCGCCAGUUCUUGAAGAGCGAGGCGAUUUGCAGUGGCAUCUUGCAGGGCGAUUCGCAGCGAUAUCUGGGAGAUUUCCAUUCCUUUCUCAAAAUCUUGAUUUGGGCAAUUCGGGGACAUCUCGGAUGUCUAUAUUCCCUCCUCUGGCCCCACUGGUAGAGCUAGGGGCUUUGGGUUUGUUUGAUUCCGGUGAAAAGAAGAGGCUAAAGCAGCGAAAGAAAACCUCAAUGAUCGAUUCUAAAGCAGACGUCGCAUGA